AUGACAGAAAAAUGCAUUGAGUGGUUUUGGAAAUCCAAUGAUAAUCCAUUUUCAACCAUGGAAUCGGCCCAAUGGAAUCGAUAUUCGGAUAUUGAAAAUACAAUUAUCGAAGAAGCAUUUACGACAUUGAAGAAAGCCUAUGUUAUUCUCGAUGAUUAUCAUAUUGAUUUUGAACACCGAGUUCAGAUUUCGAACGAUGAUAAAAGCAAACAACGUCCGGUAAAGCGAGUAGAAAUAAAUAAAGAUGAAGGCCGUUUGAGAGAAGCACGUUUUAUGCCCAAUCCAUUAGUAUCUACCAACUGGGAAAAUCGAAAACGUGAGAUGGUAGAGAAAGCAAUAUUGGGUAUUUUACAUGAAGGAAAACUGGCCGGAAAACAAUGUGAAGCUAAAUGGAUUAUACAACAGUUAGAAAAAGUCAAAGACCAAACAAAGAAAGAGAUUGGCGAAUGUUGCAUUUAUCUUUAUUCCCUUGAAUCAUUUCUCUACAAAAUUCUAAAUCAUACGAUGCGUCUCAUAGGUAAUAAGAAUCAUGAGAAUGUUUGGCGAAGUAAAAUAGAAACUCUAGGUCCGUUUGCUUUUCUUCUCUACUAUUAUUUAUCCUACGAAAAUUUAAAUCACCGAACAAGUACCAUUGUAUAUCGAGGUGCUCAAUUGACCGAUGAAAUGAUUGCUGAGUAUCAAUAUGUCACUCGAAGCAAGGAUUCACGACGGUCAUUUCAAACGUUUACAUCAUGUAGUCGCAAUCGCGCAAAAGCUGAGCAGUUUGGCAAUACUUUAUUUGUUUUGAAGGCUGAAACACGUACUUCAUAUCGUACUCUGAACAUGGAUAUUUCUUCUCUAUCUGCUUAUCCGGAGGAAGAAGAAGUACUUAUACGACCGGGACGAUCUUUUAAAAUUGAACGCGUUGAAUUCGAAAAGACGAAGAAAAAACAUGUUAUCUAUUUAACAUUAAUAUCAACAAGCGAGACAAACUAG